UAUAUUCGUAGUAAGGGCUCUUCUCGGCUUUCCUGGGAUUAUUCGUCUUUGUAAUUUUGGGGACUUCCAAGGAAUGUUCAAUCGGUCCCACGGCCGUCAUAUCUUUGAUGACGUUCUCGUACGCCAGUGAUGAAGGAGGCCCGAUCUAUUCCAGCACCCUGUUAGCUUUCCUAGCUGGUUCGCUAGAACUAGUAGCAGGACUCUUGAACCUAGGAUUCAUGGUCGAGUUUAUUUCGGCUCUUGCCAUUUCUGGCUUUUGUUCAGCUGCCGCUUUGACUGUAUCGUCGACCCAAGUUUAGGGCCUCUUCGGCUUGAAAUGCAAAGGAUCCUCGUUUAUCGAAAUUUGGCGAGGUUUUUUCGAAAACAUAACGAAAUGCAAUCCUUGGGACUCCGCCCUGGGUUGUUCUAUGAUAGUAAAACUUCUUCUAAUGCGGAAAUUGACUUCAUUAAAAAAUCUUGGCCCUUUGAAGAAAGUUGGUUUCUUGCGCAGUCGCGCUGUCGAUUCUAGUCUCUGGUUUAUUGCCACAAGUCGCAACGCUAUCGCCGUCAUCGCCGGCUGUUUAGCCGCUUAUUUUUUAGAACAAAAUGGCUCCAAACCUUUCACUCUGACAGGUAAUAUACAAGCGGGUAUUCCCCCGUUUGGUUUGCCACCGUUCUCUGUCAAUCGAACGACCGGAAACACCACUGUUGUUUUGGGGUUUUCCGAAAUUUGUUUGGAACUCGGAGCUGCUAUCGGCCUCAUUCCGCUCAUGGCCAUUUUAGAACAAGUUGCUAUCGCCAAGGCUUUUGCAAACGGCAAGAGAACAGACGCCACCCAAAAAAUGAUUGCGCUGGGUGUUGGAACCAUCCUUGGCUCGCUAUUCAGUUCCAUGCCCGUCACCGCUUCUUUUGGAAGGAGUUCAGUGCAAGCCGCAAGCGGGGCCAAGACUCCGCUAACCAAUAUUUACGGCGGCGUCUUGGUUUUAUUGGCUUUGGGAUUUCUCAUGCCUUCCCUGGCAUAUAUCCCGAAAGCGAUUUUGGCUUCUGUCAUUAUUAUGUCAGUCAUAUUCAUGGUGGAACUUGAGGAACUAAAGCCCAUGUGGAAGAGCAGAAAGAUCGAACUAUUGCCCUUCGGUGUCACAUUCUUGUGCUGUCUCUUUGUCAACAUGGAAUACGGAAUUCUGAUUGGAGCUGGAAUUCACUUGCUUCUGUUAGCUUACAUACGAAAUCGACUUCAUCCUGAACUUAUAAGGCUGCCGGGAAACGAAGUUACCGAGGAAAGAGUUAUCGUCAAAGCCGACUCCAAUUUGUAUUUCCCAGGAGUUGAAAAGUUUCGCCGAGCGCUCAAUGAAGCCAGUGAGGUGGAUGCUGAAGGGCGAAGUUCUUGCUUUAUGGUUUAUCUCUCCAACUUGACGGAAAUUGACUACAGCGCACUUAAAAUGCUUGUAUCCGUGGCGUCUCAGUGUCACAAAAACAAUCUGUGCUACAUUUCGUCAAUGCUACUCCAAUUGAUUUCUUUUACCCUACCAUCGGCAGAUAUAGCAUUUUUGCCCAAGGUGGAUAAAGAUUACGUAACAAAAGAAAUCCAGAUGGAAGAAAUUGCCGCUUAAGGUACUUGGGUAUCUAAAAACAGCUAAUCAAAUUUUGCAAAACAAAGUGGUUAAAUUAUCGAUUAAAGAUACGUACACCUUUCUCACUCUAUAAACAGUUCUACUGUAGAAGGUAACACCCGUGGAUUGAGGUACAAGAGUGACGGGAAAAUUAUAGUUCUUAAUGAGGAGAAAACCUGGAGAAAUGCGCGAGUUCUUUUAAACGCAAUUAUAAACAAAAAACAGUGUAGAGAUAAAUUGUUUCUUUUUUUCACUUUAUGUAUUGAAGUUCAUUUGAUGGACCUAAAUAUCGGUUAGUUAUUGAAUCCGUUAGUUAUAUUACACUGUAGCCAAAUUGGAUUAAAAGGAUGAAUUACACAGCUUUGUAUUUCUUUGUGUUUCUAUUUCUCCUCUAGUUUCUCAGGUGAAAAAGUCGAGACAAGGUAAUUUCGUGAUUUUAUUGGUUUCCAACUUCCAAGAGGCAUGAAGGA